AUGAGGGGGACACAGCUGAUGCUAGUGGUGCUGCUGGCGACCUGCAGCCGUGAGCUCGUGGUGGCCCUGCAAUGCUACACCUGUCAUGAGCCUACUGGUGCGUCCAGCUGUGUUACCAUCGCCACCUGCAACGCCAACGAGACCGCAUGCAAGACCAUCCUCUACUCCCUGGAGACAGUGUACCCCUUCCUGGGGGACUCCACGGUGACCAAGUCCUGCGCGGUCCAGUGUGUGCCCUCGGACGUGGACGGCAUCGGCCAGACCCGGCCUGUGUCCUGCUGCAACACGGACCUCUGCAACAUAGACGGGGCCCCCGCCCUGGACGGCGGCCGCAGCCUGCACACGGGGUCUCUCACCCUCCUGCCCAUGCCAGCUGUGUUCUCGGCACGCUUGCCCCAUGGCUGCUCCAGGUCCCCGUCCACCCCCUUGUCUUUACAGCUGCCCUCUGGGGCACAGGACGCUCUGCCUGGUUUACAGGUGGAGGACAACUGGGUGUGA